GAACACUACCUAAAAUAAUUUAAUGUGAAACACGAUGCGAGGUUAUUUAAUAAUUUCGCUUUUGAUAUCGCUCAGUGUUAUCACGAUUGAAGCCUUUCCGAGACAAUCUUGUGAUCAAAAUGGAGAGUUUCCACAUGAGAAUGAUUGUAGUAAAUACUAUAUUUGUGUUCAGAAUAUGAAGAAGGUUCUGCAGUGUGAGGAUGAUAAGCAUUUUAGCAUGAAAACUAAAAAUUGCGAAGAUCCAAAACGUGUUGGUUGUAUAGAUGGAUUAUACGCAGAAGCGGAACAUCCUGAUACAUUGGAAGAGGUUGAGGAUGAAGAGGGCGAAAUAGGUUGUGAGCAUGUCACACAUUCACCUUCAGUGGUUACGAAACCAUCUGAACCAACCAUCUCUGAAAUAGUACCAGAAGCGACAGAAUCUGUACCAGAACCAACUGAAAAUGUAUCAGAAAUAACUGAAUCUAUCCCAGAAGCAACUGAAAUUAUAUCAGUUCAACCUGAGACCGAACCAACAGAAACAAAUUCAUCUGAAGAAGUAACAGAAUCUUCGAAACCAACAGAAAUUAAUCCUACAGAAUCUGAAACUGAAGAAGUAACUGAGUCCUCAAAACCAACUGAACUUAAUACAGCAGAAACUGGACUAACAGAACCGGAGAUUAAACCAACUGUAUCUCUAACCGUAAAACCAACAGAAUCGGGAGAAACUGAGAGUUGUGGAUCCGAAGAAUACGUUGAUUUUGAAUGUCCCAACGAGACUAAGGAUACACGGUUAUAUUCGCAUCCGGACGAUUGUAAAAAAUUCAUUAUUUGCGUAUGGGGAAGACUGCUGGUGAUUCGUUGCACGAAUGGCACUCAUUUUAAUCCAGAAAUUAACGAUUGCGAUCUUUCAUUCAAUGCUAAAUGUGAUUCUUCAGCGGUGAAUCCAUCGGACGAAACUACUACUUCUCAACCAGAAAUAGAGACUACAACCAUCGAGUCAGAAAUAACUACAGUGAAAGAAGAGAACGUAAUUAGUAUUUGUCAGUUAAAUGUUGAAGAAUUGUUGGCACAUCCCAACAAUUGUGCGAAAUUUAUCAGUUGCACUGGUGGACAACCGGUGGAAAUGGAUUGUCCUCAAGAUUUGCAUUUUAAUAAGGAAAAGAAGGAAUGCGAUUAUCAAUGGGAGGCGGGAUGUGAUACUAAUGUAAUUUCAGAGAUACCAUCAGAAGAAGUUACCAAAUCAAGUGCAGCAGAUGUUGAGUGUCCGAGUGAUAUGGAUGAAUUGUAUUUACUACCACAUCUGAAGGAUUGCAGUAAAUUCAUUUCCUGUGUAUGGAGAAAACCCAUUGUGAUGGAUUGUCCUGCAGGACUUCAUUUCAAUCCAAAAUUGAGGGUUUGCGAUUGGCCCAUCGUAGCUAGAUGUAACGCAGUACAAUCCUCUUCAACAUCCAAACCAGAAGUAACAACAAAACCUGAAGCAUCUACCAAUAAACAACCCAAUGAAUCAAAUCAUAUUAUACAAUGUAGAAAACAGAUGGAUUUCUUGCAGCUGGUACCGCAUCCAAGCAAUUGCGGUAAGUUUUUCUCGUGCGUUUGGGGAAAGGCAAUCGAAAUGGAUUGUCCUCAUGGUCUUCACUUUAAUACUAACUUAAUGAUAUGCGACUGGAUCUCAAAUGCUGGCUUGUUUAUCCUGGUAUUGGCCUGCAUACAUGCCAUAUCUGCACUUACGUUUAAUUGCGAAGAGAAUGCUUUAAUUUCUUCACCUUAUCAAUGCGGAGAAUACUAUGUUUGCAUCAAUGGAAAAUUGGAGUUAAUGAAGUGUCCAUCGGAUUUACAUUUUAAUUCGAUUAUGAAGGCAUGCGAUUAUCCAUCGGAUGCUGGUUGUGAUUUUGAAGUGAACAAGAAGAAGCAUAGCAAUGAAAAUGAUCACAAAUAUAGCGAUGAAUCUGGUAAGCAUAGUACAGAAACGGAAGAUAGCAAUGAGUCAGGCAAACAUAGUCAUGAAAUUAAAGGUAGUCAUGAGAGUGGUUCCAAGCAUUGUAAUGAGUCAGGAAAGCAUAGUCAUGAAAGUAAAGCUAGUGAUGAGAGUGGUUCUAAACAUAGUAAUGAGUCAGGAAAGCAUAGUCAUGAAACAUGGAAGUGUUCUAAGCAUAGCAAUGAGUCAGGAAAGCAUAGUCAUGAAAGUAAUGGUAGCCAUGAAAGUGGUUCCAAACAUAGUAAUGAGUCAGGGCACAGUCAUGAAAAUAGUAAGGAAUCAAGCAAAAGUCAUUCAAAUGAAUCAUCCGAAUCUUCUGAAUCCAGUGGAUCCGGCGAAUCAGCUGAAUCCACCAAACCAACCAAACCAACAAAAGCACCUAAACCCUCCAAGCCUACGAAAGCUCCAAAACCAACGAAAGCUCCAAAACCAACGAAAGCUCCCAAACCAACAAGAACACCUAAACCAACAAAAGAACCUAAACCUACAACAUCAAUUCAGCCGGAAAUCACCACAGGAAUUAUUUCUGAAACGGAAAUUACUACAAUUCCAACAGAAACCAAACCCCAAACAACAUUGACAACACCAAAGACCACAUCUGAAUCCGAACCUGCAACUGAUCCCGAAACCGAAACAUCUACAUCCAUUGUCACUCAAUCUUCUACAGAUAUAACUCAAAGUGUUACUUUACCAGGUUCAACAGUUCCAAAUGAAAUUCAAUGUCCGUCUACCAACGAAGGCGAGGCGACACUUCUACCACAUCCAAACGAUUGUGGAAAAUACAUUGUUUGCGAUUGGGGACAACCAAUUGAAAUGCCAUGCCCAGCUGGUCUACAUUUCAAUCCAGUAUUGAAAGUAUGUGAUUGGCCCGAAGAUGCUAGUUGUGAAUCUGGAAGUGGCAAUCAAUCCACAACACCAUCUGAAUCCGAACCUGCAACUGAUCCUGAAACCGAAGCACCAACGUCAAUUAUCACUCAAUCUUCUACAGGUUUAACUCAAACUGUUACUUCACCAGGUUCAACAGCUCCUACUGAAAUUCAAUGUCCGUCUACCAACGAAGGAGAAGCGACACUUCUACCACAUCCAAACGACUGUGGAAAAUACAUUGUUUGCGAUUGGGGACAGCCAAUUGAAAUGCCAUGCCCAGCUGGUUUACACUUCAAUCCAGUUUUAAAAGUCUGCGAUUGGCCAAAAGAUGCUGGUUGUGAAUCUGGAAAUGGUCAUCAGUCCACUGAAAACCCAAAACCAAAUGAGAACGUUACCCAACAACCAGGAGAAAAUGGCACCGAAUCUACUGAAACUCCAAAACCAAAUGAAAACGUGACUCAACAACCAGGUGGAGGAAUAUGCCCACAUACCAAUGAAGAAUAUGCCACACUUCUUCCACAUCCAACUGAUUGUGGAAAAUACAUCGCUUGUGAUUGGGGACAACCAAUUGAAAUGCCAUGCCCAGCUGGUUUACACUUCAAUCCAGUUUUGAAAGUCUGUGAUUGGCCAGAAGAUGCUGGAUGUGAAUCAGGAAAUGGUAAUGAGUCCACUGAAAACCCAAAACCAACUGAGAACGUCACCCAACAACCAGGAGAAAAUGGCACCGAAUCUACUGAAACUCCAAAACCAACUGAAAACGUGACUCAACAACCAGGUGGAGGAAUUUGCCCACCAACCAAUGGAGAAUAUGCCACGCUUCUUCCACAUCCCGUUGAAUGUGGAAAAUACAUUGUGUGCGACUGGGGAAAUGCAAUUGAAAUGUUCUGUCCAAAAGGUUUGCAUUUCAAUUCAGCCUUGAAGGUGUGCGAUUGGCCUCUUCGUGCUAACUGUCGAUUGGAAUUGUAAUCGUGUUUUAUAUUGCAUUAGUAUUCAAGUUUUAAAAUUAGAAGUGUACUUGUAAAAAAUCCUUGUAAAUAUUUGAGUAUUGUUUAAUUAAUA